AUGGCUACGAUGAAGAUUCCGGAAUCUGGAGCCAUUCUUCGGGGGGCUCCAGAUACGGAAAUCGGGGCCUCGAAACCUCAAACCCAGGUUGUCCAAGCCAUGAGGCUGAACCUCAACGAAGAGAUAGUGUCCGAACUCGCCAGGUGCUCUCGUUCAGGCAAGCCAAUUAAGCUGUCGUUUGGCAAAUCUCCGACUCUGCGCUAUGGUACCAAAACGUUGGAUCUCGCUGCCUCAGCAGAACAAUUCCGCAAUGAGCUAUACACCUCUGUGUCCUCCGACACGACAAAGGAGUUGACCUUUGCGGGCCUCAUCUCUCACAGAUUAGAGCUACCAAAGGCCGAGGAAGUGACAGCAGGAGCUGACGCUGCCAUGCUGGCUCUUCAAAGCCAGAUGGCUGCUCUUCAGGAAGAGAAGCAAUCGAAAAAAACUCUCUUCGUCAAGGACGGCUCAUCGCUUCCUCCGGCCAAGUCAGGCAAGCGUCCUCCUCUAAAGUCCUCCAAACUUCCCGCUUUCCUAAAGGCACCGCCGCGCCUCUUGAAUAAUGGUACUACUCGAUCGAUGCCAGCGAGCCCUUCUCUAAGCGCUUCCCGUUCGCCGAGCCACAAUCCUUCUCAUCAGUCUCUGACUUCGGCACCGCUUCCCCAAAGUGCGAAAGCAGCAAAGAUGCAAGCUUUGCGUAUGCCACUCAUUCACCUUUUGGCUACUCGCCCUGCCUCGGAGCAGGCCUUGGCCAAGCAAACCCGCUCCUCGACCGCCGAUGUUCUUGAACUGUUGCAAAAGUUUGGAAAGCCCUCCAGAGUGAAUGACACCUGGGAAUUAACCGACCGUGCCUUCAAGGAAUUGGACGUCUGGAAAUUUCCUUUCCCGUCUCAGCAAGUACGUCAGGCUGCGAUUGACAAUGCUAUCUCGGCAUAUGACCGCAUGAGGCUUGGUCGAGACGAUAAGCUCUGGCAGCUGCUUUUACCGGCCGCUGAAAGAGGCAAGGGCAAGGUUUUGUCAAAGCUUCAUCUUCACGCUGGUCCAAUCUCGAAGACUGCAACCCCUAAACUUCAGGCUCAACGUCCGGAAGAAAGCAAGGCAGGCGGCACAAGCAGCAAACCUUCCGAGGAAAGGGUAGAUCGACAACCGACCAAUGGCGCCAGCCAUGCAAAAGUAGCUGAGCCCAUGGUACGAUCUGCUUCCCAGGACCCAAUCAAAAAGAAGAAGGUUAGCGAGAAGGAAGCGUUAUCCAAGCGCCUCUUGUCAAAGAACCCGCCAAAAGCCGCUCGUCCUGUGACAAAGCCGAAGGAAGUGGAGGCGCCCGAAAAGGUACAGCCAAGCAAGACGGGCACCAAGGUGAAAUCUGCAGAGUUUGUGACGGAGUCGGACGAGGAGAUUGAUUUUGGAGACGUGCAGCCAGAAAAGGAAGCCCCAGCGCCCGAGCCGGCAAGAAAAAAUCCGUCCAAGGCUCAGCGACCAGUGGCAGAUAAGAAGGAGAAUGAACGCAAGGAGAAGCCUCAGGCCAAGGAAGCUGCUAAGGGCACCAAACAGGCCAGCAAGCUCUCUCAGCCUGCGCGUGCAAAUGGAGCCAGCAAGCCCGAGGCAAAACCAAUCAGCAAACCCAACGCCAAACCCAACACCAAACCUGCCGCUCGAAAGGCACCAGCAUCAGCUCCUGCUCCUGCUCCAGCUUCGGCAGCGUCAAAUGUCACUUCGCCUCAAAAGCUGUCUGAAUCAAGCCAAUCUUCAAGUUCUUCGGGUUCGCUCCACUCGAGAAAUGGAUACACUCGUCGAAAGUCGAAUACGUAUCCUUCCAAGCCUUCACCGUUAGGCUCCUCGCCUCCCACUAAUGCCUCUGAUUUUGAGAAUGCCAACGAAGCCUCAAAUGGAACCACUUCUUCUUCUUCUUCGUCUUCUUCGCCGCUUAUGGCGUCUCGUGAGAUCACACAGCUAGCAGCGCGAAAGUCUGCCGCGGCAGCCACGGACCCCACCAAGAAUUCGGAUUCGAAGCUGAAGCGCAAAGCGAAUGACAUUGAGUCUGGAAUUCAUGACCAUACUACGGCUCGAGAAGUUGCGCGAGGCGAGCAAAAGAAGCGACAUCAGCCACAGCAUAUCAAUAGCCCAAACUCAGACAGCAGCAGCAGUGUCACUCCACCUCCCUCGAAUUAUGAAACCUUGCGACUCGCGCAGAGGUUCAAGGAGUAUUAUGCCAAAUAUGCGAAGCUGUACCAAGAGCUCUUGGUGUCUGCCAACCCGCCAGCCGACAAGGUGAAGCAAGUGACUGAGAUGCACCAUCGUCUUUCGGCUAUGAAGAUGGAGAUUACGAGAGCCGCAUCCAGCCCUUGA